GACAAACAACGCGUCAACGACUCGACGGACCAUACCGAGCAAAACCCUUCCUCCACGAUACACUCACAUCACGAACCCACCCAAAUCCAAAGACCCCAGCGCAUACGACAAGAUGGUCUCAACACGCUCCUCCUCCCGCGCCCUCCCAAACGGCCUCGACGCCUCCCCAAGCAUCCCCUCCACAGCCCGCGCCGUCGUCACAGCCGCCACAACCCACCCCGAAAACAAAUCCACCUCACAAGGCUGGUCCCACGCGCCAACCUCCCUCACCUGCUUCUGGCUCCUCGUCUCCCUGCCCCUCGUCAUCUGGGACACGGGCUACGUCCUCCUCCGUCCCUGGACAAUGCCGGGAGGCCACCUCCACUGGCCUGUCUGGGCACCCUACAAGCUCUACGGCGAGGUCGACCACGUAUAUGGAUGGAAGGCGUUCAACGCCGGCAACGGCUUCACGUCUGCGCAGGGCGCGUUGAAUGCUGUUGAGACGGUCAUGUAUCUUGCGUACUACUGGCUGUACUUCUCGCGGGGACGCGCCGUUGAUGGACCGGCUGGGUUGAAGAAGGUUGUCGGCGGAAAGGCGGGCGCGUUGGCUAUUGUCAUUGGGUUCAGCGCGGCUGUUAUGACGUUGAGCAAGACGGUGUUGUACUGGGCGAACGAGUACUUCUCCGGUUUCGAUAACAUCGGCCACAACCCCCCUCUGGACCUUCUCUUCCUCUGGAUCAUUCCUAACGGCGCAUGGCUCCUCGGAUCAGGCUACAUGAUCUUUUCCAUGGGCAGCGAGAUCGUCGACGGGCUGGCUCUCGCGUCGAAGACUACCAAGACUGAAUAAUGCACGUCGCGCUCGAGACGCCUUACGCGGAUUGACUCUUUGUGCGAGAAUAAAUAUAAGGUAGGGUAUCCGUGUCCUGU